AUGGGAGUAUAUAUACCGCCCCCAAACAAUAAUGAUAAAGAGCGUGACGAUGCAAAGAGUAACUCGCCAAAAAAGAAUGGAACUAGCAAUCCUACAAAUCCACUCACAUCCUCGGCUUCAUCCUCAGAUUCUACGACAAUAGUGAUUCCCAACCCCAAGUCUCUUAUACCACAUAAUCCAAGUGUUGGAUUGAUAUGGGGUCCACUUACGCCGUCAUCAGAUAACCGCCCUGCGUUGUACUCGAUGAUUGGUUUGCAAUUCUUGUUAGGUGUUGGGUGUUUUAAAUUUGCCCGAAAUCAACUCAGGCAUAGACUUGUCGCGGUGCCUAAUGGUCCUCCUCAAUCUGUUAGGGGUGGAUCCAUAUUCAAACUGGUGGUUUUUGCUGCAGUUGGUGCGACGGUAGUGUUUGGAAGUGGGUUGGAAAUUAGUCGAUUGAUCUUGCCAUAUGACCCUUGGUACGAAGAAGCACGUCACUACAGAAAAGUUGCCAUCAAGAAUGGAGAUAAACCAAGCUUGUGGUUUGGUGCUUACAAAUAUUACCAGCCAAUGUCUUUUAAGAAAUGGAUCGAACUAUUGCAUAACUGGAUUGAAAAUGUCAGUCAGGAAUUGGAAGAGCCGGAAGGAUUUCAAAACCUAUCAAUUGAACUUGGAGAAAAGAACAACGUCUUAAGUGUUGCACAAACAGGUACAAAGCCUAGCCUUCUAGAGAAAUUGAAAAGCAGAGGUAAAUACAAUGAAAUUCACGCAAAGUUGAAGGAAAACAACGACAAACGGUUUGAACAUAUGUUGAGUAACGAGUUGAAAGACGUCAACGAGUUGAACAAAGCUCAAAGGUUAGACUUAAUAUUGGAGGGGAAGAGUGAAUUGGUGAAUGAUGGUUUUGCGAAACCAAGCAUAACAUUGGGAAACCACACUAUUGACAAUGACGACGAUUUCGAGAUGGUCUGGCUCAAUUUUGAACCCUGGGAUGAGUUGAAAUUAGAGACUGACUACGAUAUAAGGUUGAUUCCGCGGUACGCUUUGCCAGAGGAGGAAGAGCAAGACGACGUUAUCUCAGAAAAUGAAAUACCCCAGGAAAAAACUAUUAAAGUUGUAUAG